AUGGGUAUAUUGCUCGCCCCUCUGUAGAAACGGUUAGCCAAGGAACGAGAGGCCCGAAUCAGAGCUGAGCGGCGGGUUCGUGAAUUGGAGGCUCGAUUAGAAGAGGCCGAGCGACGACUUCAAUGGGCCUCCUCCUCGUCUUCAUCUUCGCAAGACCGGCUUAAAAAGUCCUCUAUCACACCGCCUCCCGCCUCACCAAUUGAGUCCCUGAACCAAUUCAAACCCGCUUGUUCCCUUCCGAGUUCUAUGGAACUCAAGACAGAGAAAAUCGAUGAAACGCCUUGUCCCACAACCUUCGAAGAAGACAUACCCUCUCGUCCGUCAAGUUCUUCUAGACCUCAAAAUCUUUCACUUAAUACCUCCUCCUCUACUCCAAUUACCCCCACAACAACUCCCACUCCAACCACAAUGUCACCCCGGCGUCGAUUGUCCUCGCCAAUAUCAUCGCCUUCAGUUGAGUGCUUUGAAAGAUCCUCCACCCAGUUGCCUCGUCAUAAGUUAGAGAUGUCCGAUUCAGUGGAGGAUGCUGUACAACUCCUCGAAUCCACAUGGAGACAUAUUCAAGGCCCUCCGGAUGGAGCUCCAGGAGAGGCAAAAGAAGGAGAUGAGGAGGUGGAGUUAGAUGCUCGGAUACCUUCCCCAGAAAAUAGAGUUGAAUUCCCACCGGCCGUGGUUGAAAAUCUUCGAUCUGAGGAACUUCGCCAGUCUGCAAUUAGUAAAGAUCCCGAGUUGAGAGAAAAACUUCGAAAUCUCCAAAUGGAACUUCUUCCCAAACAUCAGCACCAGCAAAGCCCACCUUCUGCGAAACAUUCGGAGGGUCACCCACAUCAUCGGAGAUCAAAGAGCUACGUCUAUCCUGUUUAUGUAACAGCUGGUGAGCGAGCAGGCUCAGAAGCGGGCACUGAUCACCCCGGGGAUAAAUUCGAUACCAUUCGGAGGAUUCGACGCGGAAACACAAAACGGAGAGUGGACACGUUUGAGGCUCUUUGA